UAAAAUAAAAUACAAAUAUUUAUAGACAAACACAUCUAAGCUAGAACCAUGGAGACUAAGAUUCCAACCAUAGAAGUAACGGCAACGAAGGUAUUUGUGAUAGAAAAUGCAGCUGAGGGUGCAUCAGCUUCUCCUGGGUUUGAAGCUGGACCAUUAGUUCCUGGUGUUGGUGGAGAAGAAGUGUUUGGGGUUGGUGAUGAAGGGGAGGGUGCUGGAGAAGCAGUGGUUGAUGGAGAGGGUGUUGGCGAUGUGUUUGUGGAGGGUGAUGGAGCAGGUGCUGAAUUGGGUGAUAAUGAUCGGGUAGGUGCGGGUGCAGGAGCUUGUUGUGCUAUGCAUGAUGUAGCCAAAAGCCCCAAUAUCAAAAACACUUUGAUUGCAACAGAACCCAUGUUGUUAAUAUAUAUGUUUUUUUGAUAGAGAAGAAUGUUGAGUAAAAUAUGAUUUGUCCAAAUUUAUGGCUUGUAGGAUAAUUGAUUUGUGUAAGAUCCAAGUGCAUAAUUGAGGGGUAUAUAUAGUGAGCAAAUGGGUACGAUAUUGCAUGUGUGAUUUCCUAGCAAGUGCGGUGUAUGAAUA